AUGCCCGCUCAAACCAGGUCCAGCCAGGGCAGAGCCUGGAGCCACGCCCCGACGACCCUCACCCUCAGCUGGCUGGCCCUCUCGCUGCCCCUCGUCGUCUGGGACACCGUCUACGUCCUCGGCCGCCCCCACACCAUGGAGGGCGGCUGGCUGCACUGGCCCCUCUGGGUCCCCUACAAGCUGUACGGCACCGUCGACCACGUCUACGGUUGGAAGGCCUUCAACGCCAACAACGGCUUCACCUCGGCCCAGGGCUUCCUCAACGCAGUCGAGACGUCCAUGUACCUCGUCUACCUCUGGAACGUCCUCGGCCGCGGCGAGGCGGGCACCCGUGCCGUCAGGGGCCGCCGUGGCGCGUUGACUGUCGUCACUGGCUUUAGCGCUGCUGUCAUGACGCUUAGCAAGUCGGUUCUUUACUGGGCCAAUGAGUACUAUAGUGGCUUUGACAACAUUGGCCACAACUCGACCAGGGAUCUCAUUACUCUCUGGGUUAUGCCCAAUGUUCCCUGGAUUAUCUUGUCAGCUUACAUGACGUACACGAUGGGCUCUGAUAUUGUUGACGGGCUUGCCGGUACCGCUGAGCAUGACAAGGAUGAGUAA